GCACACAUACUCUCUCCCUCCUUCUCACCCUCCUUCUCUACUCUCCUCAUAUCCACCGGCAACUGCGCUGAGAAGCCUCCCUCACCAAGCCUGUGGAUCCCUUCACUUGACUAAUUAGCCUUGAAGUGCUGUUGAAGAUCAUCAUAUUUAGCUUAGCGACCUAGCGGCACAGAGUGCAGACAGAUAUAGACUCAGCUGGCUGGAGGCUGGCUGCCUGGCAGUGGGCAAGCUCUCUAUCUCUCUCUUUAUUCUCACUCAGUGCCGAGGGCUUCUCGGCGGCAGAGCAGCGGAAGUGAGGGGUGGUUUUGCUUUGAAAGAGACGAAAAGGGGGGAAAAGAGAAAGAAGCUGAGCCGAGACCACAACGCGGCCACAGAAUGGGAGUCCGCUGCAGGAGCAAAUCCUCCUAGAGACGGAGGCUCGGAGGAGGCAGCGGUCACUGUGCAGCAGCAGCACUGUUACCAACACACAGAGAUUUAAGAUGAUGAACAGUCAGUUGUCAGCACAGAGGAGGACAGUGAGGAACCUUCCUGGAGACAUCGGCCAGCAGAAGACCAGCACCUACAUCGUGCCCUGCUUCCUCUUUGUGGAGCUGGUCAUCAUGGCAGGGACCGUUCUGUUGGCGUACUACUUUGAGUACACGGACACGUUCCCCGUGCACAUCCAGGGCUUCUUCUGUUUCGACAAAGCCUACUCCAAGCCGUACCCGGGACCAGAGGACAACAGCAAGGCGCCGCCCGUCCUCGUCUACUCCCUUGUCACCGCCAUCCCCACUGUGACGAUUCUGAUCGGGGAAGUGACCAGUUUCUUCGUGAAGACAGAGGGAGCUCAGGAGAAGACCAUAGUGACUGCUGACUGCUGUUAUUUCAACCCUCUCCUCCGAAGGAUCGUACGUUUUCUGGGUGUGUACUCCUUCGGCCUCUUCACCACCACCAUCUUUGCCAAUGCAGGUCAAGUGGUGACAGGAAACCAGACGCCUCACUUCUUGACUGCCUGCAGGCCGAACUACACUGCUCUGGGUUGCCAGUCUCCGCUGCAGUACAUAGCAGAGCGCCGAGCCUGCACAGGAAACCCAUACCUGGUGGCGUCCGCCCGCAAAUCCUUCCCCUCCAAAGACGCAGCGCUCAGCUUUUAUUCAGCCAUCUACACAGUGAUGUACGUGACCCUGGUGUUCAGGACCAAGGGGACCCGUCUGACCAAGCCCACCUUGUGCCUGGUGCUGUUGUCUCUGGCCGUGCUGGUGGGGGUGGUGAGAGUGACUGAACACAGAAACCACUGGAAUGAUGUCCUGGCUGGGUUUGUCACCGGAGGGGCCAUUGCUGCAUUCUUGGUGUCAUGUGUGAUCAACAAUUUCCAGCAAACCCAGAGAGCGAUGGCGAUGGCGACUUCUCCACCUCCACAGCGCCCAGAGCCCCCAAUUGGGCUUCCUCUCCUCAGUCUGCCCCGUGUGGAGAGUCCACUCGAAAAGUUAAGUGGCCUCCAGGCUCCAGGGCUACCGUAUUCUGAGAUCACAUGACCAUCAGCCAAUCCCGUCCCCCGCCCCUCCCGAUGUGCUCCUCCCCUCACGGCGUUGCCUCACCAGCGCAGUCUAGACCUGCCCACUGAAUGCCCCCCACCCUGCCCUGCCCACCCCGCUGGACGACAUCCUCUCAGACGAGUCAAAUCCACGCAGGUCUGAAGCUCCACCAAUCACAGGAGGCAGAAUAGCGACACAUGCACACGGCAAGCAUGGCUGAAACCUGUCAUCCGCUAAGGACCAAUAGGACAUGGAUACAUGUCUCUCUGUCCUGCUCUGUCCUGUUCGUCCUCCAAGAUGGCCUCCUUUUUCUUUCAGGUGUGAAAGAAUCGCCAAAGCCAGAGCUGUUGAAGCAAUACUGUGUCCUAUUUCCUUGUCCUGUUUUCCACAAAGACCCAACAGUGACUCUAAAGACUGUUGGCUGGUGAUGACUUGAUAAAACACUUUGGUUUGGGGAUCAAAGAAAAUUCCAGUCACCGAUGGAUUGUCCUCAACAGACCAUUUUGCAACACUCAGGACAAUACAGUGGAAAAAAGGACAAGAUUAUAAACAGAGACCUUUAUGUAAUCAGGUACCAUCUAGUAUUAUGGUACAGAGUUUUUAUUUCUGUCCUCGAAACUAACAAGAGAUGUGAUCAAAGAGGAAAGCACCUUUGUAAAUUAUAGCACAGAUGAACCAACCUCGUGUUCAGUAAACUGUGUUGUAUCUUAUUUGUUUUGGGGGAUGUGGGUUUGAUCUCUUGCUGUAUAUUGUGUGAAGUGACAGAAGAGAGAUUUAUACCCGCUAGAGCUGUGCUUGUGAUACCACAUUUGUUUUUGGGGCAUCAGUUAAUUCUUUCCUGAGGUGAACUAGAUUACCAUCGACUUUCCAAAUAUCUCUUAUCUACUUGCUAUUCAGGUGUGUGUUUCUAAAUGUCUGUAGGUUCUACGUCCAUGCUGUGAAAUAUCUGGAGGGUUUUAUCAUUUGACCUACUGCCUAUUCUCAUGUGGAGUUCUUUGUUAGUGUUAGUUUGGAUAAAUGUCUCAUUUUCUUUUUCCCAUACCCCAUUUAACAGU